CGCAUCGACCCAGAGCUCCUCCUCCCGAUUCCCGCCUUCUCGCCGACCAACGCCGCACGCCGCCGCGAACCCUCUGCCGAGAACACCCCCUCGUCCCCGUCACCGUCCCAGUCGCGUAUCCCGCGCAGUACCGCCCUGCGCCGCACCCGCUCGGCCGCGCCGACCUUCCGCAGCGGCGAGCCCUCCUCCCCGUCGACGGGCGCGUACGCCCGCCACGCCGCCGCUGCGCCCCCAACACCCGCAUCGCUGCACUGGCCAGGCGCACGCCGUACGUCGCCGCCGACGCUCGCAGCGGCCGCGUCAGCCGAGCUCGGCGCGCCUCGCGUGCUCAGGCCGCGCCCUCGUCCCGCACUCGGCGCCGCGGCCCCGUCGUCGCCCACCUCGUCCGCCUCGGCGCGCCGCACGCGCACCGUAUCGGACAGCGCUGCGCCCACGGUGAGCGCGGCGUACCCGAGCCCGCCCGCGUCGUCGUCGUCGGCGGCGUCCUCGACGGGCCGGCGGCGCACUUUUGGCGGGUCGCCGAGCAGCGGCGCGGUGGGCGGCACGCUCGCGGCCGUCAUGGAGGACGAGCGACCCGAGACGGCAGAGCUGGCGAUGUCGACGCCGAUGACGAGGAGCCGCAGCGGGAGCGACGGCGAGGGAACGACGGUCGGAGAGGCGGGAGCGGGCGCAGAGAGCGACAGGCGCUUGCGCAGAAGGAGGACCGUCGGCGGGGCGGCCGACAUCGUCGGAGGUGCUGCGUCGUCGCUCUCAUCGUCGUUAGCGUCGUCGACGGCGGCGGCGCCGCGGCGCAAAGGUUUGCGAUGAGCCCUCGUCGUCGCAACCUCGAUACCUUUUCACUCGCACCCGUUCAGGAUACCCCCUUUUGAGUCGCGCUCGCGCCCCCUUUUUGCCCGUUUCCCCUCGCACUCGUUCAUAGUUCCUCUCUCUCUCGUCGGCCU